AUGUCUGGUGGCAAAUCUGGCGGAAAGGCUGCUUCUAGCGCUUCUACUAAGUCUUCUCAAUCUCGUUCUUCUAAGGCAGGUCUCACAUUCCCUGUUGGCCGUGUUCAUCGCAUUCUUAGAAAAGGCAACUACGCUCAACGCAUUGGUGCUGGCGCUCCUGUUUACCUCGCUUCUGUUCUGGAAUACCUUGCUGCAGAAAUUUUGGAACUGGCUGGUAAUGCCGCCCGUGACAACAGAAAGACGCGUAUUAUCCCCCGUCAUCUUCAACUGGCCAUUAGAAAUGACGAAGAGCUGAAUAAGCUUCUUGGACACGUUACAAUCGCACAAGGUGGUGUUUUGCCUAAUAUCCACCAGAAUUUACGCCCUAAGAAAACUGCUAAGGCAGCUAAGACCGGUGCCAGCCAGGAAUUAUAA